AUGGCUGUAGCAGAUGAUCCUAUUGGUAACUUUACUACGAACACUGUGUAUAAGACUUUCAGUGGAACCUUUAAGAACAUUGAGAUGCUGACCUACUGCUGCCUGUUCCAAAGCGCACUAAUUCAUCUAAUCCAUCCAAAGAGCCGUUGCGGAAAACUGGUUCGUAAAUACGUCACGAUGUUUUGCAGGACAGCCAAAGAGUUUGGAGAAGCUAUCCAUCCUCUUCUCUUCGGAUACGGCGAGGAUGCCGACUACGGGAGAAUUGAUCGUCUUCUUCACGAGGGACGUUACGUGGUUGGGGGAUACAAGUCUAUUGAAUCACGAGACUCGGAUGAGCAGGAAUCGGAUCAGUCGGAUGAGUCGUCAGAUGAGUCGUCCACCGAGACAAUCAUCGUGGAGGUGGUAUCUAGUGAGGACGAGGAGGAGGAGGAUUUCGUGGUGGCAGAGGAAAUUGAAUUCGUGAACCCAGGGGUUUCGGAGCUCGACGAUGAGGAAGAAGUGUUUUCGGCUGUCAGUCGUGCAGAGGCCCAAAACGUUGCCAAUGUCUACCGCACCUAUGCAUCAAUGGAUAGUCAAACCGAGCAAGCACGUAUUGAAGAGGCCCUCCGCGCCGAUGAGUAUCUUCUUAAGAAAGGCCUUAUUAAGGCCAAGCAGUUUGGAGAAACCAUUAUUGUUCCAUUCUAA